GCCGAGGAACAAGCUGACGUCAUGGCCCUGACAACCAGUUGCGUUGCUUUGGCCAUCACUAUAGCCUCAACUCUAGCAGCUCCACCAGUGGAAGUAGAGGGUUUGCCUGCGAAGAUCGAACUGGAAGAACCGUGUUCUCGUGCGGGUGGGAUAUGCCUUCAAGAGAAAGAGUGUCCUACCGGUCGUCUUAACGCCGAAAGAGGACUCUGCCCUCUGCAACAAGAAGCAGGAGUUGAGUGUUGCCAUGGUCUUUCGGUCCUGGAGAGGCGCUGCAGGAAGCGCGGUGGAGAGUGCGCUCCCAAGACCCGGUGCGGCCGUCAACUUUGGGACGAUCUUGCGCAGGACUGCAGUCAGAACGAAGCGUGCUGCAUUCUGGUGGAAUAGCAUCGCAUUAUUCAACCUUAGGGUCUUAAUACUUCAUUUGCCAACAAUGGAGACCGGAAAGACAAGACAUCCUGAUAACAAACACAGCGUAAUUAACCUUUUCACUGCUGCUGGCAGCUGUGAAUUAGCUAACGUUCAUCUCAUUUUCAUUAAUUUAUAGUCACUGAAAUAUUUCAUGCUUGAAUACAUAGACUCAUUACGUUAGAAGAAGCGUACCCCUGUUUUACUAGUGAGCUAACCCGUUAGUUUCCAACGUGCGAUCUAGUACCAAGGAGCUGAAAAUAUUCACACACAGGCCAUAUACACCUCCUGGCAGGAGCCUAGUUCACCUCUCACAUGGAAGAAUAUAGCUUAGUAGGUCAAUAUUAGAAAACAAAGCAUGAUUUAUAGUUUUCAGGGCGACUAUAUGUGAUGAAGUCUUCAUAACAUGAAAGCCAAGAUUAUUUGUCACAAAGCUCUUCAAUCAGCCAACAGCAGAUAUUGUGUUGGGAUUAAUUAUUACAGAUUUCAUACAAUAUUGUUUAUUGUAAUUAUGAAAUCGAAGUGACAAUUUAGGUAAAGAAUUAUCCUUAUGAUUUCGUUAGCAUUCUAAUUUCAUGUCAUGUUUUUCAAACAAACUCUUCGUCAUAUGAUUAGGUAAUGUAUCCGUCAACACAACAAGGAAAAUGGUAUCACAAUUAAAAUCAACAUCUCAUAGAUUAAAUUUUAUUAUUUACCGCUACACGUUUCGGUCCUCACGGGACCAUCAUCAGGCAGUGUGUAUAAUAAGCACGAUAAAGUUAAUUGAAAUCCCAACAUGGAGCCAUAUUGUAGUGCAACUCGUCCCUAAUGUAAAUGGUGCAAAAGUUGCAUAAAAUUGUGCCUUAUGUUAUGAUGAAAAUUACAAUAUAGAAAAAUAUUAGAAAUAUUAGAGUAUACAAUAAUUUGUAUUUAAAAUAUUAUUGGAGGGAAUUAAAGGGUGUUAUAUAUUACGAAUAUAUGGUUUUAUAAUACGAAUAAAGAGUUAUAUAUUUACGAGUAAUAUAAAUAAAAAUGUUGAAGUCAUUGAAAAUAUUUAAAAUGCGUCCCAAAUUUUGUGAAAAUUAAAAAAAUGUAAUCUUUUUAUGUAAUAUUGAUGUAUUUGCUACGAUACUAAAAUAGGUUUGUCACUUGUCUAAUGAAAGCUUUUAUGUUGCGGUUUCAAGGGUCUCUCUUACCAGUAUGUAUAUGCCAUUCAAAUCAUAUCGGUGAUUUUGUAAGAAACCUAACUUUGCUUCCAUAAUAAAA